GGGGAUGUGUGUGUGGGUGAUGAAAGUAGGCUAGUAAAAGGACUGAGAAAAGGAAGAGGUGGGUUUGUGUAGCUCUACACAGCAGCAAACGCUAGAAUGUGUUAAACUAUGAAUACUCAUCUUAUGCACAGCAAACCUGCCCUGCUGUGACUUUCAGCGUAAAAUAAUUAACAAGUGUUCAACAGGUUAGUUUAGGAGAAAAGAUUGUGAGCCUUAGCAGAAUGAAAAUACUGGUGCUGGGAAGACCUGUGUUUUUUCUGAAGCAAGUUCACAUUCAAAACAUACAUCUGUUAUUUGACAAUUGCAUUUCUCUUCCAAGACUUGCUGCUGUGUUGACUCUUCAGUGACCAAAAUCCCUGUUAACUUUGCUUUAUCCUCUAGAAACAUAUCUUUUCUAUUCUUAAGAAUGAGCAUUUUUCUCUCAUUUCAUUCCUUUAAACAUCAGCAGAUGCUUCAUUCCUUAUACUACACAAGCAUCACAGUGAACUGCUGCUGUACCUGGACCAUCAUCACUUAUGCUUGGACUGAGCAUGUGGUAAAUGCCAUAAAACUGCAAUAGUCUGGGUUAGUCUCCUGAGAUGUGUUGUGGAUUCACUUUGCAGGCUGCCAUGUAACAAAGCACUGGACUAGGAAUCGGUAGGCAGAAUUUUCUAGGUUUUAUAGAACUGCCUGUUCAGCUACUGUUUUUCAGUUCUUCAAAACUGUACAGUGAAAGUAUGGAUCCCUGAAUACAUGUUUAAACACUCAGAGGGUAAGCAGUUUUUCCUUCCCUAGACCAGUGGACCACAGACAAAAUGGCUGCUUUAAAUGCAAAGCUUUUUGAGUAUUUGCAUGAACAUACGGUUACACCUAAUGAGGCCUUUCCAAGCCAUUCUCCAGUGGAAGGAAAAAAAAUCUAUCAGUACCCAUCUAGCUGACCUGCUGUGUGCAUUCCUGUGGAGAAUUUAGAUCUGGGGAGCUCAGAAGAGCAAAACAAGGCAGGGUUAUUAAUAUGCUUACUGUGAAUUGGGGAUGCCAAUUUGGGGUGUUAAAUCAGCAAGAUGACAGUAAAAACCAUGCCCUUCUCCUGGCUUCUGAGGCAGAGGGCGGUUGUUGGUUAAAAUAAGCACCAGUGUGUUUUCAGAUCGAUGCCUGAUGUUGGAGGGUGUGUGGGGCCUCACCCGGCCUGUCGUGUUGCUGCACAGCCUGGCCUCACUGCAGGGCUCCUCUCAGUGGGGUCUCCUCAGCCAGACGUGCAGCAGGUGCGAUGCUCUGUUCUGUUUUCUUGUUUUUCUCGCUAAUUCUCCAGUGCUGAUGUGCCCUGGUGUGUGUUUUUUUUUGGGGAUGUUCACUGUUUCCCACCUGCAGUGCUGCUGACAGGAGCCAGGGGCCUGGUGGGCGGCAAGGGGGAAGCUGUGUCCCCUCUGCUGAGGUGCUGAGCUGGGUCGUGGUGAGGGCUCAGCUUUAAUUAGCCAUGGGCAAGAGCCGCUUUCCAUCUGCAGCCCUGGGGACAGGCGGCGUUGCUAAUCGGAGGGGAUAAGCUGCUUACAGUGGCCCAGCUGGAGUGAGUGAGCUCACCGCUGGGGUUUGGGCGGUAAGGGGGAGGCAAAGCAGCGGGUUUGCCCCAGCGCCCUGAGGAGCAGACACAAAGAGGCGGCUGUCCUGCCCCCAAGGUCCUGGUGAGGCUGAGCAGCAUGUCCAGCAGCGGCUGUCCGAGUGAGUAAGUGCCUGGGAGGAGAGGUUUGUGUCAGCACCCACGGACUGCUGUGGGUCCUUGUGGGACGCUGAGCACCCCAAUGAUGGGGCCUGUGCCUGCUCCAGGCCUCUGAGCAGCUCCCCCAGGAGUGGGUGGUGGGUCCCCACUCCCUGGUGUAGCUCCUGGGAUGCUGGUUCCUGCUGGCUAUAUGGGAAGGGCACCCCUGUGAGGCUGUUCCUCAGCUGCUGGAGUGGUAACCGCCCUCUGGCAGCUUCAGGGAAGAGUAUUUCUACGUACCUUUUCAUCUCAAAGUAAAAACGUGAAGCUCAAGGCUGAGCAUGCUUUAGAAAUGAUGGUUUGGUUUGUAAGAGUGAGCAGCAGGGCGAUAGUCUUGUUUCUGAGGCAUGUGUGGUGUGGUGUGGGGCCAGCCACUGGUCCCAACUUGGACUGUGGUCUGCAGGGUUAGGAAAAUUAUUGUCUGUGUGGUACUUACGUGUUUGUUAUGUGUUUGUCCUUGAUAGCGUACCACUGAAGUGGUAUUCACUUGAAAGAGCUUGAAUUACUCUUAAUGAAUUAUGCUAUUUACUUUUGCUUAUAACAACACCAGAAGUGCAUUGAUCAGCUUAAUUUUUGUUUACGUAAUUGGAUUUACUUCAUGUUUUAAUGCAUUAGUGUUUGCUGCACAAUGUAAACUGCACGUAGUAAGCAUGCAUUAAACACUUUAGCAGGAAACAUUAAAAACAACAUGAAAUCCCUCGGUUGUGGAUUUCUGCAGUUGGCAAAGUAUGCAGUUUGCCUCAAGUAUCUCUUUUGGCCUUAGAGGAAAUUUUGAAAAGCACUCCAUAACAAUCUUUGUGCCUUCUGGAUGAGAUUAAAUACUGCUUUAAAGUGGCUACGUUAAAAUCCUGACUGGCAGUUAUGGGAAUGCUACCAAACCACCUUUCAGAGGAUGCUAUUUCUUUCAGAUCUCAACGAGACUGAAAUUAGGAAUGAGUCAGGUGAAGAACAACCGCUACAAUAAUCAUGACGGUGUAUUGGGUCUGGUACAUGGCAGAAAGAACUGGAAAAAUAAUUGGGGGGAAAAAAUGCAUUAGUUAUUAAGAAAACAGAUUAUGUCUAGGCUCCUGUGAGUAAAAGUCUGGUGCCAGGUUUCAGGUGCUCAUGGAGCAAAACAGCACCAAUAAGCGUGAUGGUGUCGUAUCCUUUCACCCUUCAAAAUCUUUUAUAGUAUUCCUUUGUGAUGCUUUGCUAGUUGUCUGGAUAUUCCUGGGAUGCAAGGAGAGCUUCUACAGAACACCAGCCUGCUACAUUUUGAUGUUAUACAUUAGGGUAAGUGCCCUAAAGAAGGCAGCGGUGCUUUGUCUGUUCAUUCUGUAGUUGCCAACUUCUACUUGUCUUGAAGAAAUAAUGGAAUCUUUCCAUUCAUGCUACGUUUGACAUGAAAGGCAGUAACAGCAGUUCCCAGGGAUAAUUGCCAUGUUGCAUGAUUAUCUACUGUCACUUUAGCAAUUGAGUGUACUCCCCGGGUUGUGGUAUGUGAGGAGCACGGGCAUGCUGUUUGCAACCAGGGAUGACUCAGGCUCAGAUGCUUUGGAAACAAAAUCCGAUUUGAAAGGAGACUUUCUGCUAUUUGAGUACAUUUGAAAAAAGAUGAUGGGCAUUUAUUUUAUAAGCGAGUCUGUCUUUCUUUUCAUACUGCCUCUUCUUUAGGAUGGUAUAAGUGUGUGUCUUUUUCACAACACUGUUUUCAUUUUUUUAAAUGAAGGAUGGAAAAGAGCGCUUAGAGUGACAGAGUGGUUGCUAACUUGUAUUUCAGAUUUGAGGGAAUGAAAGCACAGUCCCCCUGAAUUGCACUUUCCUGUUAACGGCAACUUAAGGAUCUGUGUUCUGCAUGAGACUUUUAUGUAUAAGAAUCUGACUUAGUGGCAAAUUAGGCCUCCCAUCUAUGUCCUAAUUCUCCUGAGUUAAGGAACACUAUAGAUUCUCUGUAUAUUAAAGAGCGUUUCAUCCUGUAGUAUGGACAAGAAGAAACUGGUCUCUACAUAGCCUUGAACCUUUGUGGGGCUGUAACGUCAUUUAUGAACAAAUUUCCAUUUGUUAUGCAGUUAAACUGUACCUUAAGUCCAGACGUUGUUAUUCCUGCCAGCCUUGGAGAAAAUGUGUGUGAAGGAGAUCUGAGCUUGGUUUCCGAUCAGUGAAAGGCUGGUGAAUUGGAGACAAGAGACUUACAAUGAAAGUACCCAAAGCCUAUGGCAAACUGUGGAAGAUGUGAUGACAAAUAUGCAUUCUCCUUUGUUUAUAUUUCUCCUUAUUUUUCUUCAGAGCAAAGAAACAUUCAGAAGAAUGUGAACGUUGAUCUCUAUUUGAGUGCUAGAAGUCGAGUAGACAUUUCUCAUCGCUGGCCUGAGGUGGCUGCAUUUGGUGUAACUCCCAGCCAGGCAGCAGGACAAGGCUGGGUUUGUACCACACCUCUGUCACCUGGGCAGAGGGAGCCCAGUCUGAUACAGACUAAUCUCUCCUGCCCUUCUCAGCUAUUCCAGGACACCACCAGUCAGUUCUCCAGAUCCCCCGUCCAGCAGCAGAAUAAUCUCUGCUUCAGGCUGCAGCAGCACAGCUCUCAGUACGUGGCUCACAGGAUUCCCCGUCUUGCUUUGUCAGUGUACCCCGCUGUGAAAGUCCCUCAGAGGCACUCUCACCUGGAGGCUUUUUGUGCAGAAGGGAGAUGGAAUGAGAAUAUCAACUUCCCUCAGCAACACCAGCAGAAAGCAAAGGCAGCUGGUACCUGCUCUGCACCUACUGCUCACCAGCACUGUUUAGAAGGAAGGAAUGAGAAUGGUGACUACCCAGCAGAAAAACAGCAGCCUCGUGCUGUAUCUUGUAUCGAUCCUGGGAGCCCUUCACUGGUCAAUAAACACUUGUCACUUCAUGCUGGAGAUACCCCUCUCAGGCACAAAUUAGAGCUGUGUCCCUCUUCAGGGAGCUCAGGUGGCAGUGUGAAUGCUUGCCGUAGUUCAGCACUGACUUUGGGGGAUCUCCGCCUGCCUAAUUUGGAGUCCUUUCAGGUUUUCUUGCAGUUGUCACGGAUUUCUGCUGGCUUGUACCGUUCAGUCUGGAGGCUGAAGCAAAAAAUUGCUUUGAUGGGGAUACGGGGUUCCCUCCCUCUGGAGCCCAGCUCUUCCCCAGGCAGUGGCAGUUUGUACUUUGCUCCUGAUGAUUCUGCUUCUUGUACCCUGAGCACAGGAGAACAGCUAGCUGGAGUGAAAAACGGUGCUGCUCAGGCCAGGUUGAAAUGGGGCAUCCCAUUUGCCAAAGGCUGCAGCCUUGAUGCAGUGGCAAGGGACUUGAGUCAUGCUGAACCUCUCUCUGUCUCUCACGGAUACGGGUAUGUUGACUCCAGCAUGUGGAGAUCGAAACUUUCAGGUGACGCCUGGCCAGAAAGACUCUCUGCUGGGGUGGGUUCUGCCAGGCUUGUGGAUACAAAAGCAGAUUCCUCCAAGAACUGCUCCCCUCGCUUCAGAUGCCAGUCCCAGGCAGAGUCAACUGUAGAAGAAAAUGGUGGUCUUUAUGUUCAUACAAAAAUUCGUUCUUCUGGAAAGGUUCUUAAAGAAGAGACAACUGGUGGGGCAUUCGCAUGUCCUAUACCUUGGAAAAAAGAUCUUCCAGCCAGCAUGUACCCUGAGGGUCUGCAGCUGUCACUGGAAACGUGUUUUGAGGGAGCUCAGAUGAAUGUUGGUGUAGCCAUGUAUGGGACUCCAAGGGAAGUGUGUUUAAGAGUCGCUUCUCCUUCUGGAGAUCAAGAGUUCAGACCAAUACAGCAGCUUAGCAUUAGACCUGCAGAAGUCAACAAUUGUGAACCUCCUGUGGAGUCCAGCAAAGCGUUAGAAGAGGUUUGUGACUCCACAUCACAAGCAGACAGAAGAAUGAUAGUGGCAGACAGCAGCCACUCCAGCCCUUUCAGUGUUCAGGACGAAAAAGGCUUUGGUGAAUAUUCUGACACAGAAUGUGGGAAUGUGAGCAGAGAAGGAAGGAGGGACCAAUGCUCCUACCAAAGCAGCUGGAGGAAUUGGGAAGCUGAUGCCAAUCUAGACUGCUCUGAAGAUCCUUCUGUGGUGAGGAGUGUCAAAGAAGCAGAGUGCUGUGAAGAAGGGAGCCAGGCACAGGAAAUUGCCUCCAGAGAGGUGUCAGACAACAGCUGCUGCUCUCUGAAGGUGCACAAGCAAAGUUUCCAGCACUUACAUGACAGACAAAUAGUAACGAGGUGUUUCCAAGCCUGGAGGGACCACGUCCUCUGGAAGAGGGCUGCAGCCAGGCAGCUUUACAGGCGCCGACUGCUUCAGAAGGGCCUUGGUGCCUUUCAGUGGGCUGUGCACCAGAGGAGGAUGCAGCUGAAGGUAGCCCAGCAGAGACAUGCCUCGGCUCUGCUAGCUGCCAGCUUCCACAAGUGGAAUGAAGCUGUGGCACAAAGGGGCAAGAAGCAAGCUCCACAGCCUGCACCAUAUUCUUAUACCCAAUGUUCAUCAGCGGGUUUUUUUGGAUUAGGAAGAUUAGCAACUAUGACAACCUCAGCUCAGCACCAGCUUACAGCAGCAUACUUGCAGGAAGCUGAGCAGGCUUGUAGGGUGGAGAGUGAACUCUGGACGCAGCUUCAUCGCAGGCAGGGAGAUGAGUUCUGUUGGAGAACUCAAGCAAUCAGAGACAUAAGACGACUGGCUGCUUUCAGACUGUGGCGCCUGCAGAAGGAGCUGCUGAGCAGAGAGGAAGCCAGGUUGCUGGAAGUACGUGCCCUGCUGGAAAAGAAGCGGCUACGAAACAUUUUCCAGUUGUGGCGGUCCCAAUGCUUAGAAAUUAAAAAGAUUUUACAACUGACAACUUGUAUCCAAAGAAAUUUAAUUUCCCGGUGCUUCAGUGUGUGGAAGGAGACUGUUGAGCAGAAAGCAUUUCAUAGAUGCAACCUGGUCCCAUCUCAGAGUAGAAUCACUGAGGAAAUACUUCCAGCAGUGGGUUCAGAUGCUGCAGAUCAGAGAAAGCAAUAAGCAGGUGAUGGUGAACUUCCUCCUUCGGAGAUGGAGGCAACAUUAUGGACCAGCUGUAAGCUCAGUAGCUGAUGAGACUGCAACAGAGAGAAGAUGUGACAGUCAGCCAUGGUGGACAGCAGGGAGAUGGUUUCCUGAGAAAACAGGCUGCUCUCUUGAUGACUUGUGCCUGAAGGUGAAACUGCAGAG